AGUUCGUACGGUAUUAAGCUAUUGUAACCCACAGUUUGAAGUCCAACUCAAAGCGACAAGAUGCCUUGUCUGAACCUUUCAACCAACGUUAGUCUCGACGGCGUUGAUACCUCCGCCAUCCUCUCUGAAGCCACCUCCACCGUCGCCAAGCUCAUCGGCAAGCCCGAGUCCUAUGUGAUGAUUGUGUUGAAGGGAUCAGUUCCCAUAGCUUUUGGUGGAACUGAGCAGCCAGCAGCUUAUGGUGAGUUGGUGUCCAUUGGUGGCCUUAGCCCUGAUGUGAACAAAAAGCUGAGUGCUGCAAUUGCGACAAUCCUUGAGACAAAGUUGUCAGUGCCCAAGUCACGAUUCUUCCUCAAGUUUUAUGACACCAAGGCCCAUCAAAGUCAAGAGUAUGCACAGUGUUUGCAUGCUUUACACCAGCACUAGAUUCAUGGUUCCAACUUUGGAUGGAAUGGAUCCACAUUCUAAGGCCAGCUUCUUGUCUUGGUUGCCGACGAGCUCAAUGUCAUGCAUUUAGACAGCAAUAUCACAAUGGUGAUUUGGUAUCAAAAAGAUUCGACUAUGGUAGUAUUUACAUUGUUUUUUAUCUCCUUAGACAUAUGAUAUGUGGCUGGAUGGUUCAACUCUGUGCUUCCUUUGGGGGACAUGAACCUUUAUUUUUACUUGACUCUGGCCAAUGUUGUUAUGGUACUCGUAAUGUAUUACUUAGAUUUCUGAGUAAAUUGUUCUGUCCUUAA